AUGGGUUCAUCUAUGCCUGAAGAUGCUAUGAUAACGGUGGCAUCGAUGCCAGACUUUUUAAAUAGUCUGCCAAGCUGUUUUCAGGUGUUACCUGACGGGAUAUAUCAUGACCCACACAGAGUUAACGUGUUUCUGCAUUCCGAUCAGCACAAGGGAACAUUCAGAAGCACACAUGGCGGGACCAUUUUAGUCAGCAAUGAGCAGGAAUUAGAAGAUUGGAGACAGAAUAUUCUCAGUAAACCAAUGUUUCUUGAUGUGUUUUGUAAAAGACGAGUCGCACUUGGAGUGGUUACCAUCGUUUACGAAAUUUAUUUUGCGGUGUUGAUCAAUACGCGACAUCCACAUAUCAAACAACAAAUUGAAAGAGGAUUUAAUGAAGCAAGAAGAUUGGUGUCUGAAGGAAAGAAUUACUCAGUAGAGUUUGAUUUCACAUCGCCAAUAAGAGAGUGGUACUCAGAUGCAUCUCAACAGAUUAAUGGCAUGUGCGCUGGCAGCAUCUUUGGAAAGUACGGCAGGUUAUGUAUUACAAAUACCAGCAAGUUUAAGCCGUGUUUUCGGUGUAACCUCGAAACAACUAGAUAUUGGAUCUUGUGCCUUCCAUGUUGUCUUCUUUCCUGCCCUUUUUACUCUCUUCAUCGACAUCUGACCUGUGAGGAUGUGAACAUUACAAUCGGAGCAGAGGUGGCGCUUUUAGUUCCUGAGCAUCUUGUUACGCCCUCUCUGGCAGGUGUCGAAAUAUCAAAUGAUAGCCAAUAUGUAGAGCAUCCUGCUGCCAUUGUUGUCCAACCGCCGCCAUCAUAUGAAGAUUGCAUUCGUACACAGCCACGAAAUACCAGUGAUACACAGAGGCUUAUCCAUGAUGACGAAAGCAAUGCAAUCUAAUAACUCCUGUGCAUAUGUUGAACAACUAAUUAUAACAAAGGUCAAGAUGUGGUCGUUCAGCG